AUGGGCCCCCCCGAGACGGAAGCGCCAUCAUACGCUCGGUGUUUUGGCCCAAUGUCUCGAUACCAGAAGAUGAAGCUGGGCCGCGUGAUGGCCGUCGCCGUCGCCAUAUAUCUCCUGGGCCUGGUGUACUUUAUGCGAGAUCACCUGCCCGCGCUGCCGUCGCCGCCGCCAUCACCACCCAAGUCCUCCAAUGUGCCGUCUUCUCACAAGGUGGCCAAGGUUUCCAUGCUGUACGGGCCCAAGAAUAGCCUGUAUGAGAGGGCCAUACAAAGCCACGAGCGGCACGCGGCGCGCUGGGGGUAUCCGAUGCUCGUUCUGCGGCAGGACAUUGCCGCCGGCUUCUGGAAUAAGCCCACCUACCUGCUCACCGCCGUCGUCAACGAACUGUCCAAACCCGCCGACGAGAGGAUAGAAUGGAUGAUGUGGGUGGACGCCGACUCCAUCAUCAUCAACCCAGCCAUCCCGGCGGACAUGUUCCUCCCGCCGGCGGACAUGCCCGACAUCCACGUCGUAGCGUCCCGCGACCACAACGGCCUCAACACGGGCAUCAUCUUCCUGCGCGUGCACCCCUGGACCGUCACCAUGCUCGCCGAGACCAUCGGCUACCCGCUGCACCACCCGGGCGUCGACCUCGGCCGCAACGCCGACCAGGACGUCAUGGCCGGCAUCUUCAACAAGUCGGACGGCGGGCCGGACGGGGCCGGCUACGCCCGCGCCGUCGUCUACAUGCCGCGGCCGCUGACCAACGCGUACGAGUUCUCCACCGGCUUCGAGGGCGACAAGGGCAGCCUGCUGGUGCACUUCCCGGGGCUGGACGACCUGCGCUGGCCGCGCAUGGAGCGCUGGCUCGACACGGUCGAGAAGACGCCGCUGGAGUGGGAGGUGCCCCUGGAGCGGACGGGGUACGUGAACCAGACGGACGUGUUCUGGGGCCAGGUCCGCGCCGCGCGGAGGGCCAUUGCCAGCACGGAGAAGGGCCUGGCGUCGUUGGAGGGCGAGGCGGGGCUUGUCGACGAUUUGAAGCGCGCGCUGGGCUUGUUGAGGGCGGUGCUGCGGGAUGAGGCGGAUGACUUGGAGUUGAUGCGGCGGCGGUUGGAUGAGAUGCAUGGCUUGCACAGGGCUGUUGGGUGGGAAACGGACUAG